AUGCUUCCACAGGUGAGCCAAGGCGUGGGAUGAGGUGCAGUCGUUUAGGAUGUGCCUGAAGGAGGGUUAUCACCACGCUACCUCCUGUCUCUGACUCCCCCUGCUAGAAGAGCACACUACAAGACUGCAGGAACUCUGAGAAAACUGUGCACUCCAACUGGAAGGUAGGGGACGGCUUGGCUUGAUAGGGGGGUGUGUGUGUGUGUGUGUGGCGCUUUAACUCAAUUCAUUUUUGAGAACUCAAUGCACUUCAUCUGAACAUGCCCUUAAACCUGUGUAACUAUACAGUAUUAACUUAAACCUGUGUAACUAUACAGUAUUAACUUAAACCUGUGUAACUAUACAGUAUUAACUUAAACCUGUGUAACUAUACAGUAUUAGCUUAAACCUGUGUAACUAUACAGUAUUAACUUAAACCUGUAUAACUAUACAGUAUUAACUUAAACCUGUAUAACUAUACAGUAUUAACUUAAACCUGUGUAACUAUACAGUAUUAACUUAAACCUGUGUAACUAUACAGUAUUAGCUUAAACCUGCGUAACUAUACAGUAUUAACUUAAACCUGUGUAACUAUACAGUAUUAACUUAAACCUGUGUAACUAUACAGUAUUAACUUAAACCUGUGUAACUAUACAGUAUUAACUUAAACCUGUGUAACUAUACAGUAUUAACUUAAACCUGUGUAACUAUACAGUAUUAACUUAAACCUGUGUAACUAUACAGUAUUAACUUAAACCUGUGUAACUAUACAGUAUUAGCUUAAACCUGCGUAACUAUACAGUAUUAACUUAAACCUGUGUAACUAUACAGUAUUAACUUAAACCUGUGUAACUAUACAGUAUUAGCUUAAACCUGCGUAACUAUACUAUAGUCUCCUGAGUGGCGCCGCAUCGCAGUGCUAACUGUGCCACUAGAGAUCCUGGUUCGAAUCCAGGCUCUGUCGCAGCCGGCCGCGACCGGGAGACUCAUGGGCGGCGCACAAUUGGCCCAGCGUCGUCCAGGGUAGGGGAGGGAAUGGCCGGCAGGGAUGUAGCUCAGUUGAUAGAGCAUGGCGUUUGCAACGCCAGGGUUGUGUGUUCGUUUCCCACGGGGGGCCAGUAUAAAAAAAUAAAUAAAAAAUAUGUAUUCACUAACUGUAAGUCGCUCUGGAUAAGAGCGUCUGCUAAAUGACUAAAAUGUAAAAUGUAAAAUGAUAUACAGUAUUAACUGUAGUAACAACAUUGUAAUUACAUAGGGACGCCGAUAAACUAAACGUUUUACAUGUCUUCCUACUCCUAGAAUCGUGUUGAAUCAAUCAGCCAACUGCAGUAUGAGCUAGGGAAGGUGCUGUGUGACGUCAGUUCCUGUGACAGCUAUGUUGUUGCUGGGUAAGAUAUACAGUAAUAUAACCAGUUUUUAGUGUCGGAAGGGGCAAGCAGCUGUGUUGAUCAGCACGUUUUCAGCCCAAUGAAGGGAGAUCAAUAGACAUUGAGCUGCUGCUUUGACAUUGUACUAAAAGAGACCACCACGUGUCUUUGAACUUUUCACAUUCUUUUAAUUCAACCUGUUGUGAAAACACAAUAGACUUCAGUCUCUAUGUUAUGCCCCUUACUGCUACGGAUUCUCACUCUCACAUGAAGUAAGCUAUUUAAAUUCGACUGGGCCCGGUGUACCGUAGGAUGAUAGUGUGACUUGAGCUGCUGAAAUGAGUCUGUUAAAUGUUGUAUCAGGAGGCUGGGGCCCGCAGGGGGCGGUCUGAUUAAAUUCUCUAAUGGCCCCGGUGAACUCUGGCUGGGUCCCAAAUGGCACCCUAUUCCCUACAUACAGAGACAGAGGGCUGCCUACUGCAGCAAAUUGUAUUCACACCUAGAAUAUAAUUUAUUCCCCCUCAGGAGGCUGAAAAGAUUUGGCAUGGGCCCUUGGAUCCUCAAAAAGUUUUACACCAUCGAGAGCAUCUUGACUGGCUGCAUCACCGCUCGGUAUGGUAAAUGCACCGCCCUUGACCGCAAAGUGCUACAGAGGGUGGUGCGGACAGCCUAGUACAUCACUGGGGCCGAGCUCCGUGCCAUCCAGGACCUCUAUAUCAGGCGGUGCCAGAGGAAGGCUCGAUGAUGCAGCCACCCAAGCCAUAGACUGUUCACUCUGCUACCGUCCGGCAAAUGGUACCGGAGCAUCGGCAGCAUCGGCAGCAUCGGCUCUCGGACCAACAAGCCAUAAGACUGCUAAAUAGCCACCCUGCUAAAUAGUCAAUUAAUGGUACCCAACUAUCUAACUAUAUAUAUAUUUUUUUGAUUAGUCAUAUGCAUAGGGUCGCAGAUGUAAUUGCAGGGUACAGUGAAAUUCUUAAGCUCCGAGCUCCAUCAGUGCAGGUCAAAAAGAGAAGGGAAUGAAACCAUAAUACAAAUUAUAAUAAUAUAUAUUUAUACUGAACAAAAAUAUAAACGCAAUGUGCAACAAUUUCAACGAUUUUACUGAGUUACAGUUCAUAUAAGGAAAUCAGUCAAUUAAAAUAAUUAAAUUAGGCCCUAAUCUGUGGAUUUCACAAGACUGGGCAGUGGCGCAGCAUAGGUCCACCCACUUGGGAGCCAGGCCCAGCCAAUCAGAAUGAGUUUUUCCCCACAAAAGAGCUUAAUUACAGACAGAAAUACUCCUCCGUUUCAUCAGCUGUCCGGGUGGCUGGUCUCAGACGAUCCCACAGGUAAAGAAGCCGGAUGUAGAGGUCCUGGGCUAGCGUGGUUACACGUGGUCUGCGCUUGUGAGGCCGGUUGGACAUACUGCCAAAUUCUCUAAAAGCGAUGUUGGAAGCAGCUUAUGGUAGAGAAAUGAACAUUCAGUUCUCUGGCAACAGCUCUGGUGGACAUUCCUGCAGUCAGCAUGCCAAUUGCACGCUCCCUCAAAACUUUAGACAUUUGGGCAUUGUGUUGUGUGACAAAACUGCACAUUUUAGUGUGGCUUUUUAUUGUCCCCAAGACAAUGGGCACCUGUGUAAUGAUGAUGCUGCUUAAUCAGCUUCUAGAUAUGCCACACCUGUCAGGUGGAUGGAGUAUCUUGGCAAAUUUGAGAGAAAUAAGCUUUUUGUGCGUAUGGAACAUUUCUGGGAUCUUUUAUUUCAGGUCAUGAAACAUAGGACCAACACUUUACAUGUUACGUUGAUAUUUUUGUUAAGUAUAUAUAUUUACAACUGUAACAAUGGUAAAUCUCCAUUGAGGGGUGGGGGCAGGGUAAAUGUCCCCAAAGGAAUGUCCAUAGGGGGAGCAGCAGGGGGGGAAGUGAGAAGUGAAUGAAUCCAUAAUAAUAAUAUACACUAUGUAUACAAAAGUAUAUGGACACCCCUUCAAAUUAGCAAAUUCGGCUAUUUCAGCCACACCUGUUGCUGACAGAUGUGUAAAAUCGAGCACACCGCCAUGCAAUCUCCAUAGACAAACACUGGCAGUAGAAUGGCCUUACUGAAGAGCUCAGUGACGUUCAACGUGGCACCGUUAUAGGAUGCCACCUUUCCAACAAGUCAGUUAUGCAAAUUUCUGCCCUGCUAGAGCUGCCCCAGUCAACUAUAAGUGCUGUUAUUGUGAAGUGGAAACGUCUAGGAGCAACAACGGCUCAGCCAUGAAGUGGUAGGCUGCACAAGCUCACAGAACAGGACCGCCGAGUGCGGAAGCGCGUAGCGCAUCAAAAUUGUCUGUCCUCGGUUGCAACACUCACUACCGAGUUCCAAACUGCCUCUGGAAGCAACAUCAGCACAAUAACUGUUCGUAGGGAGCUUCAUGAAAUGGGUUUCCAUGGCCGGGCAGCCACACACAAGCCUAAGAUCACCGUGCACAUUACCAAGCAUUGGCUGGAGUGGUGUAAAGCUCGCCGCCAUUGGACUCUGGAGCAGUGGAAACGCGUUCUCAGAAGUGAUGAAUCACGCUUCACCAUCUGGCAGUCCGACGGACAAAUCUGGGUUUGGCGAAUGCUAGGAGAAGGCUACCUGCCCCAAUGCAUAGUGCCAACUGUUUGGUGGAGGAGGAAUAAUGGUCUCGGGCUGUUUUUCAUGUUUUGGUCUAGGCCCCUUAGUUCCAGUGAAGGGAAAUCUUAACGCUACAGAAUACAAUGACAUCUAGAUGAUUCUGUGGUUCCAUGUUUGGGGAAGGCCCUUUCUUGUUUCAGCAUGACAAUGCCCCUGUGCACAAAGCAAGGUCCAUACAGAAAUGGUUUGUUGAGAUCGGUGUGGAAGAACUUGACUGGCCUGCACAGAGCCCUGACCUCAACCCCAUUGAACACCUUUGGGGUGAAUUGGAACGCCGACUGCAUAUUAAUGCCCAUGAUUUUGGAAUGAGCUGUUCGACGAGCAGGUGUCCACCUACUUUUGGUCAUGUAGUGUAUAUACAGUGAGGGGAAAAAAGUAUUUGAUCCCCUGCUGAUUUUGUACGUUUGCCCACUGACAAAGACAUGAUCAGUCUAUAAUUUUAAUGGUAGGUUUAUUUGAACAGUGAGAGACAGAAUAACAACAAAAAAAUCCAGAAAAACGCAUGUCAAAAAUGUUAUAAAUUGAUUUGCAUUUUAAUGAGGGAAAUAAGUAUUUGACCCCACUGCAAAACAUGACUUAGUACUUGGUGGCAAAACCCUUGUUGGCAAUCACAGAGUUCAGACGUUUCUUGUAGUUGGCCACCAGGUUUGCACACAUCUCAGGAGGGAUUUUGUUCCACUCCUCUUUGCAGAUCUUCUCCAAGUCAUUAAGGUUUCGAGGCUGACGUUUGGCAACUCGAACCUUCAGCUCCCUCCACAGAUUUUCUAUGGGAUUAAGGUCUGGAGACUGGCUAGGCCACUCCAGGACCUUAAUGUGCUUAUUCUUGAGCCACUCCUUUGUUGCCUUGGCUGUGUGUUUUGGGUCAUUGUCAUGCUGGAAUACCCAUCCACGACCCAUUUUCAAUGCCCUGGCUGGGGGAAGGAGGUUCUCACCCAAGAUUUGACGGUACAUGGCCCCGUCCAUCAACCCUUUGAUGCGGUGAAAUUGUCCUGUCCCCUUAGCAGAAAAAUACCCCCAAAGCAUAAUGUUUCCACCUCCAUGUUUGAUGGUGGGGAUGGUGUUCUUGGGGUCAUAGGCAGCAUUCCUCCUCCUCCAAACACGGCGAGUUGAGAUGAUGCCAAAGAGCUCGAUUUUGGUCUCAUCUGACCACAACACUUUCACCCAGUUCUCCUCUGAAUCAUUCAGAUGUUCAUUGGCAAACUUCAGACGGCCCUGUAUAUGUGCUUUCUUGAGCAGGGGGAUCUUGCGGGCGCUGCAGGAUUUCAGUACUUCACGGCGUAGUGUGUUACCAAUUGUUUUCUUGGUGACUAUGGUCCCAGCUGCCUUGAGAUCAUUGACAAGAUCCUCCCGUGUAGUUCUGGGCUGAUUCCUCACCGUUCUCAUGAUCAUUGCAACUCCAUGAGAUGAGAUCUUGCAUGGAGCCCCAGGCCGAGGGAGAUUGACAGUUCUUUUGUGUUUCUUCCAUUUGCGAAUAAUCGUACCAACUCUUGUCACCUUCUCACCAAGCUGCUUGACGAUGGUCUUGUAGCCCAUUCCAGCCUUGUGUAGGUCUACAAUCUUGUCCCUUACAUCCUUGGAGAGCUCUUUGGUCUUGGCCAUGGUGGAGAGUUUGGAAUCUGAUGGAUUGAUUGCUUCUGUGGACAGGUGUCUUUUAUACAGGUAACAAGCUGAGAUUAGGAGCACUCCCUUUAAGAGUGUGCUCCUAAUCUCAGCUCGUUACCUGUAUAACAGACACCUAGGAGCCAGAAAUCUUUCUGAUUGAGAGGGGGUCAAAUACUUAUUUCCCUCACUGUACAUAUUUACAACUGUAACAAUGAUAUAUGUCCAUUUGGGACAAAUACCUCGUACUCCUCCACAUUGAUCUGGUACUGGUACUUCCUGUAUAUAGCUCCACAUUGAUCUGGUACUGGUACUCCCUGUAUAUAGCUCUAUUCUUGUGUAUUUUAUUUUAUUCCUCGUGUUACCAUUUUAUUAUUUUGAAACUCUGCAUCUUUGGGAAGGGCUCGUAAGCAAGCAUUUCACGGUAAAGUCUACACCAGUUGUAUUCAGCGUAUGUGGACAAAUAACAUUUGAUUUAAUAUGAUUUGGAUCACUAAGAUACUCAUUGUGGAGUUUAGCAUCACUAUGAAAACCUUGUUUAACCAGGGUUGAGUUUUAGUGGACAUUUUUAUUUUCCGCUGCUUUUUCUAGGCAAACGGAUAAAAUAUUUAUCUCACUUUUAUACAGUAUCUUGUAGAGGCACUGAUGAAGCAGAACUACAGGUUGUGCACUGAUCUUGCCUGAAAUUGAUCCAUCAAAAGUUUCAUGAUUUGGAAGAGGGAAAGUACCAGCUGAGGCAUGAAUUUCUCCUGUUGAUUCUUGGCUAAAGGACGAUGCACUAAUUAUGUUGAGUGUUGUUACCUUCCUGACAAACCAUAAUAUUUCAGAUGGAGUGUUUUAGCCUCGUUUCCUCUCUGUCUGUCUGUCUGUCUGUCCCAUUUCCUCAUGCUGGGAGACGGAUGCUCAGUGAAGUGGGUGAAGUGGUUUAAGUGAUUGUAGCAUGUAAAUUGGGGAGUGGAAGCUAGCUAUCUCACGAUCGUGUUUGUGCCACAGUGUCAUUGGUAGCUAGCUAGCUGAAAGGGUUUAUCUGGCAACCCAUUGGUGCCACUCUCAGUGUUUAUCUCUGUCUGCAACUCUCUCCAACAGCCCAACCCAGCACCAGUUCUGACCCACAUCCAGGCUCCAGCAGCGGAAAGGGUCUCCGUCCGUCUGAGGCAGCCCAGGGCAGCUGGUGCUGGGGUGGACCUGGGGUGGACCUGGAGUAGCUUGUCUCGUGGCUCGUCUCAGGCCGGCUUUGAGGAACUCAGCUGCCACCUCACCCACUCUGCAUGUCUACAAUUGACUGAGCUGCCAAUGGGAAACUUGGGAAACGUUUGGUGUUUCUAUGCAUGUGCACAGAGAGGACUGUAUAUGUGUAGAGCUAGGAUGAGCUAGCUAUAUCUGCUUAGAGCUACUGUAGGCCGUAACUGAUACCUGCCUUGUCCUCUUGAGCAGUAUACGUCAAUGCUUCGUAACAAGUGACUGUUUUAGGCUUCUAUUCACUUUGUGGCAAAUCUCUUUAAUGUUAAUAUCAUCGUGUUGUGUAAUGUUGUUUUCCGUCCCCCUAGGUACACGUCAGGGGAUGUGAGGCUGUGGGACACCCUCCACUGGGACUCUGCAGCCUCCUUCCUGAGGCCCAGCCCCCCUUGACUGCAGACCUCACCCCCAGACCUCAUGUCAGUCAUGUCCGGUGUGGCUUCCUAUGACGAUGGUGAGUGGGGGUCUUCAACUCUCCAGUCAACUAAGUGGCUAUUCCACUGGCUAGCCUUAUCCUUCCAGUCUAGGACAGUGAAAAAGAGUGCCACCUGUUGGUCGGUGGUCUCUGAAAGAAGUGCUGGUUUCAAUAGGUACAAUCACCCUGGUGUCUAUGUUCGAAGGUAAUGACCAGCAGGAGACUGAUGGACAGUUCACACUUUAUUACCAAGUUCCAUUAAGGAAGUUUUCACAUUUGUAAUUCGGUACCGUGGUGCAGUUCUCUGUAGCGUUUGUGGGAAUUGUACAGAAAACGUUUUGCUUUCACAAGACUUGAAAAUAUCAGUUUCAGGGUGCGAUUAGCAAGACACACAUUCUACGUUAGCAAGCUAGCUUGUUUACAAUGGGCAAAAGGUUCCACGUGACUCGUGCUGCCGCAUCACAAUACCUGGUACUCCGGUCCUGCUACUCAUACAGGUCCAGGAUUAGUUUCAGCCAGGGUCCGUUUGUGUUUCACACAUGCUUUGCACUGUAGAUCAGGGUACCAACCGCUCCAGGAUCCGGGUCAUACAGAAAUGUGUGAAAACGCCCUAAAGUGUAUGUACAUGUGGAUGGCCACACUGAGAAGUCUUUGGUUACAGGUUAACUGUGUAUUCUGCUCCUGUGUAGGCUGUGUGGAGCACAGAGACAGGACAGGAUCCCUGGGAGGGUCCACACCCUGGCUCUGAGCCUGGAGAGCCCCAUCUUGGCUACUGCUGCUGGGCUAGACGUCCGGUUGGACCAGCCUGAUGACGGGCUACUGGAGGAUCCUCUGCCAGGCCAUGCUGCCCAAACCUGUGAGUCUCUCUCUCAAUUCAAUUUCAAUUCAAAGGGCUUUAUUGGUAUGGGAAACAUAUGAUUACAUUGUCUCUCUCUCUCUCUCUCUCUCUCUCUCUCUCUCUCUCUCUCUCUCUCUCUCUCUCUCUCUCUCCUCUCUCUCUCUCUCUCUGAUUGGUCUGGAGAAGCACCAUCAGCUUGAUAAUUUUAAUUAGGUUUAUGAUAGAAUCCCCUGAUGCAAUGAUAGUGUGUCUACUUUGAUCCAGUCUGCUGUUGUGAUUUCUGAUAUUUUAAUUCCUCUAUCUGUCACAGUCAAUCCAUUAUGUACCAUAUUAGUUCACUAACAGUGCAACUGGACUUUUCAUAUGUGAGGUACUUUAGACUUCUCACUCCAUGUGACAGUAAUCAGCAGGCUGAAUACAUUUAUAACUUUCCUAACAGAGGCUCUGGUCACAGGUGGAGUCUAUGGUCCUGGUGCCAGUGGCCCCCUGGUGGCCCUCUCUGCUGGGGAGACAGUGUACCUGCUGGCCCCUGAGGACCUGGAGCCCUGAGUGUACCACACCGUCUACCCCAUCACCUGUCUGGACGCCUCGGUGACGCACGCUGCCCUGGGGGUCAAGAGCUGUGGCUGGGCCAUUAACGAUGGAGGCAACAAGGUGAAGCAACAUUGAAUUGAUUACAGUCUUUUGACAGGGUCGUAUUCAUUAGGGCAUUCAUUGAAAAUUAGGGUUUCUAAUGAAUGCAACCCAGGUGUUGUUUUUUCUCUACUGUACCUGGAGUUAGGAACAGGGUUACAUUGAGGUAGUUAUGCCAAAGCUAUGCACAAAGCCAAUACUGAAGCCCAAACCAUUAUUUUUCUGAGUGCUCAACACAUUUGGACAGCUACAAAUUGGCCAACCUUGAAUGUUUUUUCUUUUUUACUGAUAUAACUAUAGGGCUGAAUUUAAGCACAUGAACACACACACACACACACACACACACACACACACACACACAUCCACACACAUGCACACACACACACACGCACACACACACACAUGCACACACACACACACAUACAUACGUACACGCGUACUAAACAUGUUCAGUCUAUUUCCCAAAGUAUCUGCUGUUUGUAUAUACUGUAUUAAUGUGGUGUAUCUAAGGACCCUGCUACUAACUUAGCCCUCUGCAUAUUACAUAGCUGGGAAACAAAGUUUAUGUGGCUUUCUUUCAAGCAAGACGCAACAGCGAAGGUACAAUGGUGCGUACAGAGACCUCCACACACGUUGAGUUCUCCACAGCAGUGAAGUGAGCUGUAGCCUAUUAGCUGUUAGUGUUUCUUUUAGGCCUAAAAUUAAUUUGUUCAAAUGGGCAGAAUAUUAUACUGUACAGUGCAUUCUGAAAGUAUUCAAACCCCUUGACUUUUUCCACUUUUUGUUACAUUACAGCCUUAUUCUAGAAUGGAUUAAAUUGUUUUUUCCCCUCAUCAAUCUACACACAAUACCCCAUAAUGAUAAAGCAAAAACAGGUUUUAAGAAAUGUUUGCUAAUUAAAAAAAUAAAAUAAAUAAAAAGGAAAUAUUAUUCAGAACCUUUACUCAGCACUCUGUUGAAGCACCUUUGGCAGCGAUUACAGCCUUGAGUCUUCUUGGGUAUGAUGCUACAAUUUUGGCACACCUGUAUUUGGGGAGUUUCUCCCAUUCUUCUCUGCAGAUCCUCUCAAGCUCGGUCAGGUUGGAUGGGGAGCGUCGCUGCACAACUCUUUUCAGGUUUCUCCAGAGAUGUUCGUUCAGGUUCAAGUCCAAGCUCUGGCUGGGCCACUGAAGGACAUUCAGAGAAUUGUCCUGAAGCCACUCCUGCGUUGUCUUGGCUGUGUGCUUAGGGUCGUUGUCCUGUUGGAAGGGUGAACCUUCGCCCACAGUCUGAGGUCCUGAGUGCUCUGUAGCAGGUUUUAUCAAGGAUCUCUCUGUACUUUGCUCCGUUCAUCUUUCCCUCGAUCCUGACUUGUCUCCCAGUCCCUGCCGCUGAAAAACAUCCCCACAGCAUGAUGCUGCCACGACCAUGCUUCACUGUAGGGAUGGUAUUGGCCAGGUGAUGAGCAGUGCCUGGUUUCCUCCAGACGUGACGCUUGGCAUUCAGGCCAAAGAGUUCAAACUUGGUUUCAUCAGACCAGAGAAUCUUGUUUCUCAUGGUCUGAGAGUCCUUUAGGUGCCUUUUGGAAACUCCAAGUGGGCUGUCAUGUGCCUUUUACUGAGGAGUAGCUUCCGUCUGGCCACUCUACCAUAAAGGCCUGAUUGGUGGAGUGCUGCAGAGAUGGUGGUCCUUCUGGAAGGUUCUCCGAUCUCCACAGAGGAACUCUGGAGCUCUGACCAUCAGGUUCUUGGUCACCUCCCUGACCAAGGCCCGUCUCCCCCGAUUGCUCAGUUUGGCUGGGCGGCCAGCUCUAGGAAGUCUUGGUGGUUCCAAACUUCUUCCAUUUAAGAAUGAUGGAGGCCACUGUGUUCUUGGGGACAUUCAAUGCUGCAGACAUGUUUUGGUACCCUUCCCCAGAUCUGUGCCUUGACACAAUACUGUCUCAGAGCUCUAUGGACAAUUCCUUCUACCUCAUGGCUUGGUUUUUAAUCUGACAUACACUGUUAUUUGUGAGACCUUAUAUAGACAAGUGUGUGCCUUUCCCAAAUCAUGUCCAAUCAAUUGAAUUUACCACAGGUGGACUCCAAUCAAGUUGUAGAAACAUCUCAAGGAUGAUCAAUGGAAAUAGGAUGCACCUGAGCUCAAUUUCGAGUCUCAUAGCAAAGGGUCUGAAUACUUACGCUCCCAGUCAAAAGUUUGGACACACCUACUCAUUCAAGGGUUUUUCUUUAUUUUUACUCUUUUUUUAUAUUGUAGAAUAAUAGUGAAGACAUAAAACUAUGAAUUAACACAAAUGGAAUCAUGUAGUAAACAAAAAAGUGUUUUAUAUUUUAUAUUUGAGAUUCUUCAAAUAGCCACCCUUUGCCAUGAUGACAGCUUUGCACACUCUUGGUAUUCUCUCAACCAGAUUCAUGAGGUAGUCACCUGGAAUGCAUUUCAAUUAACAGGUGUGCCUUGUUAAAUGUUAAUUUGUGGAAUUUCUUUCCUUCUUAAUGCGUUUGAGCCAAUCAGUUGUGUUGUGACAAGGUAGGGGGGGUAUACAGAAGAUAGCCCUAUUUGGGUAAAAGACAAAGUCCAUAUUAUGGCAAAAACAGCUUAAAUAAGCAAAGAGAAACGACAGUCCAUCAUUACUUUAAGACAGGAAGGUCAGUCAAUACGGAAAAUGUCAUGAACUUUUAAAGUUUCUUCAAGUGCAGUUGCAAACACCAUCAAGUGCUAUGAUGAAACUGGCUCUCAUGUGGACCGCCACAGGACUGGAAGACCCAGAGUAACUUCUGCUGCAGAGGAUAAGUUCAUUAGAGUUACCAGUCUCAGAAAUUGCAGCCCAAAUAAAUGCUUCACAGAGUUCAAGUAACAGACACAUCUCAACAUCAACUGUUCAGAGGGGAAUAUGUGAAUCAGGCCUUCAUGGUCGAAUUGCUGCAAAUAAACCACUACUAAAGGACACCAAUAAGAAGAAGAGACCUGCUUGGGCCAAGAAACACGAGCAAUGGACAUUAGACCAGUGGAAAUGUGUCCUUUGGUCAGGAGUCCAAAUGGGAGAUUUUUGGUUCCAGGUGUGGGUGAACGGAUGAUCUCCGCAUGUGUAGUUCCCACCGUAAAGCAUGGAGGAGGAGGUGUUAUGGUGUGGGGGUGCUUUGCUGGUGCUGGUGAUUUAUUUAGAAUUCAAGGCACACUUAACCAGCAUGGCUACCACAGCAUUCUGCAGUGAUACGCCAUCCCAUCUGGUUUGGGCUAAGUGGGACUAUCAUUUGUUUUUCAACAGGACAAUGACCCAACACACCUCCAGGCUGUGUAAGGGCUAUUUUACCAAGAAGGAGAGUGAUGGAGUGCUGCAUCAGAUGACCUGGCCUCCACAAUCCCCCGACCUCAACCCAAUUGAGAUGGUUUGGGAUGACUUUUGAAUGGUACUGUAUGUAAAUAAGGUAUUUCAGUUUUUUUUAUUUUUAAUACAUUUGCAAACUUUUCUAAAAACCUUUUUUUUUUGCUUUGUCAUUGUUGGGUAUUGUGUGUAGAUAACAUUUUAGAAUAAGGCUGUAACGUAACAAAAUGUGGAAAAAGUGAAGGGGUCUGAAUACUUUCCGAAUGCACUGUAUAUAGCAUACAGAAAUUCGAUCAGUUAUAGGCUACAGUUCAGAUCUGGUAAAAGGCUGACAUUUGGUCAUUUCAAUUAAGCUAAAAAAAAUAGGUGAAACAUGGACACCAAAAUGUCUUUGUCGUGACAUUUCAUAACCUUAAAAGGAUCCAAAUUGGGCUUUAGUUGUAAAUCGGUGUCAUGCAUUUCGGUGUGUUUCAAGACAAAUAUUUGCAAGAUGUGGUUUUGUGACAAAAACCCUGUUUGAAAAACCGACUUAGUUAAACACCUCAGUCUGUCUUUCUCCUCUAAACGUUUAAUGUUUUGUUUAGGCACAGAUGCUGGUACUUAAGUAAUUAGUCGAGUGACUAAGGACCGGUCCCAAAUGGAGCCUCUCUCUGUUGGUUAGACAGGUCUUUGGCAGAGCUAUCCCACUGACAUCAUUACAAUGUUCUCAUUCCUGAUGAUGUUAUAUUAUCAGUAAAGCGCCACAUAGUGGCCUGGGAGAAAGUUUGAGAGUGAACUUUAUUUGAUUCACCGCAGAGUGGAGGAUGCAGAGCUACACGGGCCCCUGUAGCUCAGUUGGUAGAGCAUAACGUUUGCAACGCCAGGGUUGUGGGUUUGAUUCCCAUGGGGGGCCAGUAUGAAAAUAAAUAAAAAUAAAUGUAUGCACUCACUAACUGUAAGUCACUCUGGAUAAGAGCAUCUGCUAAAUGAUUAAAAUGUUAAAUGUAAAAUGUAAAUAACUUUGCUGCAGUGCUUCCUCUCAAGGUUACAGCUAAAGGAUUUUUAAAAAAUCUUGUAGAAUCAAUUGAGAUGUCAUAUAGCCUACCAGCUCCACAGGUCUUCAAUCUGACUAGGCAUACAUUUUGAUGUCUCACGUCCUGUCAAAAAUACUGUCACUUAGGCCUAUUUUUUUCAUAUGAAAUAUUCUAAGACAACGAACAUUGAGUUUUCUUUUGUUUCCUUUCUCCACUAGCUAGCUCAUCUUCUCUAGAUAAUGCCAAUUCAUGAUUAGCACGUUUUCCCUUCACUAAUUAAACUGAAGAAUUACAACUUUUAAUCAGCUUUAACAAGUCUAUCGGUUUCAUAGUGUUUCUGACAUCAUUUUCCUUCUGCGAAGAGGGAAGUAAGAAUUGCCAACAGACUCUGCUGAGGCAGAAUGUGUUAUGUGUUAUUUCAUGAGAAGACAUAUGCCUAAUUAAAAGCUGUGAAAAGAAUGGAGGUGGCAUCCAGACAUUUUCACUCUCUCUCUUCACACCGAGGAGUUGAGUCAUAACUAGGACUUGUUGCUUUUCCAGCUACAUGUUUUAGAGGUAUUAUGACAUGAAUGGUCUUUGUAAUGGAUCCUGUCUGUCUGUCUGUCUGUGUCUCUCUCUCUCUCUGUCUGUGACUGUCUAUCUGUGUCUGUCUCUCUCUCGGUGUCUGUCUGUGUCUGUCUGUCUGUGUGUGUCUCUCUCUCUGUCUGUGACUGUCUAUCUGUGUCUGUCUCUCUCUCGGUGUCUGUCUGUCUGUCUGUCUGUCUGUCUGUCUGUCUGUCUGUCUGUCUGUGUCUGUCUGUCUGUGUGUGUCUCUCUGUCUGUCUGUCUGCUCCUGUGUACGGUAUGUUGCUAAGUGUCUACAAGUCUCAUGUAUUUAUCUGUCUUGUUCAUGUCUUUGUUUAUUGGCCUAUCUCUCUGGUGCCUGUGAGAGUCGGCUAGAGUGAGCUAGUGAGUCAGUCUCCCUCACCUCUGGACCUGCACCCUCCUUCCCUUCCCCUCCCCACCCCAACUCCUCCCAUCCCUCUCUCCCCUCCUCCGCCAGUGGACUUGGGGGGGUCUAGACAUCUGCUCAGUGCUGUGCUGGACUCCUGUUACCCUUUACCCUGUUACCCUGUUACCCUGUACCCUGUUACCCUGUUACCCUGUUACCCUGUACCCUGUUACCCUGUACCCUGUUACCCUGUACCCUGUUACCCUAUACCCUGUAUCCUGUUACCCUGUACCCUGUACCCUGUUACCCUGUACCCGCCGCCCCCAUAGGUUACACACAACACAUCCAUAACAUAGAUUUGUUCAGUGAAAAGUGUGGCAUGUUCCGUUAGGAUCAAUUCGUCGUUUAGGAUCAACGGUCUUGAUUAACUUCUGACAGGUCUGAGUUGCUUUGAAUGUUUAUCUUCAAACUCUGUGAGUUUAUAUUGACUGUAUUCAUGUCAGUGUUUGUUCACAUUGGAUCUAUAAGUCAGGUCUACAUGUGCUUUAAAAGCAUUAACCUACCUGACAGCUGAAAGUCAAGUGUAAUAACAAUGCAACAUGAACUCAACAGACUGCAUCAUUUGACAAUCGUUUAGUGACAUUUGUCUUCAUUUACUUAACAGAGGAACUCGUGAAGGCAGCGAUUUAGGACAAAUUAUAGAUUAUUAUUUUAUUUUUGCUCAAACUAUCUCUCCAGGAAUCCAGCAGCCACAUUAACACGAUGACUCUGCUGUAGCCAAAGCCAUGAUGCCUUUCAUCAAAGCAUGCUGAGGUGCUCCCUAAACUGUUUCCAUAUUAGCGUCAAACUGUCUCUAUGCUCGUUUUCACUGACAGCUCCUCCACAUAAUAGCUGGAUUGGGCUGCUUUUUAAUCAAAUCCCCUCCCCCCAAACUGAGAUGAUUCAUCGAAAAAAAGACAAGCAGACAUCCCCCUCCUGGAAACUCUGGAAACUUCCUCUGAUCACACAGCCCUUCCUCAUCCAAAGAGGCAGCUCCCUCGAUCCUUCCCUCUCUCCGCAGUCCCCCCAUCUUUCCGAAAGUCGAGAUAAGGAAAGAGAAGCGAAGAGAAGUCGCAGGUUUUGGGAAUCUAGAAUGUAAAUCUAGAAGGUCUCUAAGUCCUCUCCUCUCUCUCCUCUCCUCUCAGCCAUCUCCUCCUCUCUUCCUCUCGCUCCUCUCUCCAUCCAUCUCUCUCCUCUCCUCUCCUCCUCUCCUCUCCUCUCUUUCCACCUUUCUCCUCCUCUCCUAUCCCCCUUCCCAAAUCCCGUCAAGCUGUCAUUUCAAAGUCCUGUGUGUGUGUUUGUUUGUAUGUGUGUGAGUGUGUCCGGUGUUUGUGUGUGUGUGUGUGUGUGUGUGUGUGUGUGUGUGAGUGUGUCCUGUGUGCGAUUUUGGCUUGCUCCGCUCGGGGCCAGCUCACAUUAAGGCUGCCUGGCCCAAAUAGGAGACACAAAACAGUUGGCAUCUUCUCAAGCCUUACAUCAUGCUGCCUGCUCCCUCUCCCCGAUCUCUCUCUUCUCUUCCCCCUCUCGCUCGCUCGCUCCCCCCUCUUCUCUUUUCUCUCAUCCUUUGUUUAAUGUCUUUAUCUAUCAUUCCCCAUUCUGUCUGAACGUUGGCUAGUUUGUUUAGUUUUGCUUUGAAAGAGAACAGCUCCAGCCACUAAUUGACCAAUUAUAACAGCCAGAUUACAUCAUUUAAAUAACAUUUGAAAAGGUUUUUGUUAUGGAGCUGGAGGGAACACAAUUAAUAAUUAUCUUUGAAUUAAUAUUGAUAUGCUUGUUGGUCAAUUUCCUUCCUAUCAUAUUCAAACCUUUUUGUUAAUUAAGCUUUACAACACUGUAUUCAUAGCCCUUUUGUUAAGAAAAUGUAGUGUUUAUAAUUACUGACAACCAUUUUAUUUCAUUUAGAUUCUGUUAAUUUCCCUACAUGUCAGCUGAAAACUGUAGUCCAGCAUCUGUUACGAAGCAUGGUCUGCUGCCUGCUUGUUAACAGCACAGAGAUUCAUUCCUGUGUAAAAGCGAGGCAAUGGAAAGUGUUGUGAUGAGUCUCGGAGCUCAGACAGACAGAGACAGUGUGUGUGUGUGUGUGUGUGUGUGUGUGUGAGACUAGAAAUUUGUGAGGAUCAACAUCUGUCUUUACUGCUUUAGGUCUGAUGCUGCUGCUAAAUGUAGAGUACAUCAUGAGGACGUUUUACACUCUGCUCAAUCUGCUCAUAUCCAGGUGUUCUCUAACUCCUGCUGCAGUGUUCAGGGAUCAAAUCAAAAUCAAAUCAAAUCAAAUGUUAUUUGCCACAUGCGCCAAAUACAACAGGUGUAGACAUUACCGUGAAAUGCUUACUUACAGCCCUUAACCAAUAAUGCAUUUAUUUUUUAAUAAAAAAAGUAACAUAAAACAACAACAACAAAAAAGUGAGCAGAAGUAAAAUAAAAUAACAGUAUGAAUACAUCUGUCUGUAGAAACAGCAUCCAUCACCAAAUAUCUAUUUUUCUAUGUGUUGCCUCUGUUUAUAUUCAGGUGCAGAAUAAUUUUUGCCCAAGUAGCCAGUGAAGGAGUCUAACUCUCUGUGUGUUAUUGUGUUCAGAUCCAGGUGUACAGCUUAGAAACAGGCCAGUCUGAGGUGGUUGUGGGAAACUCAGCAGGAGACUUCUCCUGUGUCAACCUGAGAGACAGCCCCCCUCACCUGAUGGUGUGUGGAAACAAAGACGGGAGGUACGGGACCCAAUGUGUCAUUACACCUGCUGCGUGUACACACACAAUGCCACACACACACACACACGCACUACUAUGGUGUUAAAAUCUGUCACACACACAUUAUUUUUGCCUGUCAGAUUUUAGCACCACAGUAGUACCAGAUUAGAUCCAGUGGCUCCCUUGGGUACACCUGCUGGGCUCUAGUCAGAAACAAACCUAUUUAUCACAAUACAAUAUUCCUCAACACACAAUCACAAUGGAUUAAGAACAUUGGAAUGUGGAGGUACAAACAGAAUACUUGCAGCCGGGAGGAUCAGGUGUUUGGAAAAUUGCAAAAAGAAAAGCAAUUUUCUUCGCACCUUCGCUGGCAGAAAUAAAACAGAUUUUAUAAGAGGGAGCUACGUGGGUCAGCGGAAUGUUAUCUGCAGCCUGGGGGUAUUUGUGAGGGAGACAACGGGAGGCAGAUGCUGGCAGCCUUCACACUGCUGUCCUGUAGUCUCGCCAUUCAGACGCUAAAACACACACACAUGCGCUGCAUCUGCAACCUGGCUCUCCGAAUGGGGGAAAGAAACAAACAAAAAAAGGCAUUUUCAUCUGCAUUUGUCCCUGACAGCAGGGCAGGAGUUGGUAGGUAAAAUAAAGAAAAAAGUAUUGGCAGAAUCCUUACCAAUCAAACUCCUGCUAUGGGUUUCCUACCAAAUUCAUCAGGCUUUAAGUAGACAGCCAAAUGCAGACAAAGCCCAGGCAACUCUGUCUCAUUGUGCAUAGCCGGUCUUUUAAAGGUGGGAGCCCCAGCUCACCUGCAACAACAGCCAACUCCCCCUUAAGUAGCCUUGUAUGUAGUCAGUCCCUCCCCCUUAAGUAGUCUUGUAUGUAGUCAGACCCUCCCCCUUAAGUAGUAUUGUAUGUAGUCAUUCCCUCCCCCUUAAAUAGUAUUGUAUGUAGUCAGUCCCUCCCCCUUAAGUAGUCUUGAAUGUAGUCAGUCCCUCCCCCUUAAGUAGUGUUGUAUGUAGUGAGUCCCCCUUAAGUAGUCUUGUAUGUAGACAAUCCCUCACCCUUAAGUAGUCUUGUAUGUAGUCAGACCCUCCCCCUUAAAUAGUCUUGUAUGUAGUCAAUCCCUCCCCCUUAAGUAGUCUUGUAUGUAGUCAGAACCUCCCCCUUAAGUAGUCUUGUAUGUAGUCAAUCCCUCCCCCUUAAGUAGUCUUGUAUGUAGUCAGACCCUCCCCCUUAAGUAGUCUUGUAUGUAGUCAAUCCCUCCCCCUUAAGUACUGUUGUAUGUAGUGAGUCCCUCCCCCUUAAGUAGUCUUGUAUGUAGUCAAUCCCUCCCCCUUAAGUAGUCUUGUAUGUUGUCAGACCCUCCCCCUUAAAUAGUAUUUUAUGUAGUCAAUCCCUCCCCCUUAAGUAGUCAUGUAUGUAGUCAGAUUCUCCCCCUUAAGUAGUCUUGUAUGUAGUCGGUGUAAUGAAUACUCAGGGAGAAAAAGGUAUAGAUUCACGCGCAGAGCGCGGCAGGUGUUUAUUUCACCUUCGCAGAAGGCAGGAAUCAUGGUCACAGGCAGGCAAUGGUCAUACACAGGUAGGUAAACAGGCAGGAGAAACAAAACUAGGACUGAAGGCUAAAACUUGUUCUCACAAACGAGCUAGGAAAAGGCUUAGUAGAAUCAAAAUGAACAAUACCUCACAAGGCACAAACAGAAAGAACUGAACUAAAUAAGGAGCUGAUGAGAAACUAACACAGGUGAAAUCAAUGAACAAAAAUGAAAGACAGGGCUAUGUUCAAGUUCUGAGCAUAUUCGGUCCAGGCCAUAUACCGACUCCAGUCGUGUGGAGAGGCAGAACAUUGUUGGCCGAGGCACUUUCCUAUUUCUUGGUUCAGGAGAGGCUGAGGGCGACCCCCAGUCGGUCACAGAAGGCUCGCCACACCCGGGAGACAAACUGGGGCCCGCGGUCAGAGACGAUGUCCUCUGGAAUCCCAUACAGACGGAACACCUGUUGGAACAUACACUCAGCCAAUUCCAUGGCGUUAGGUAAAUGAGGAAGAGGAACCAGACGACACAUUUUUGAAAAAUGGUCUACUAUGACAAGGAUGGUGGUGUUACCAGAGGAUUCUGGAAGGUCUGUGAUGAAGUCAACAGCUAUGUGGGACCAGGGUCUGUGAGGGAUUGACAAAGGUUGAAGCUUACUGGAAGGGAGAUGACGAGGGCUUUUGGUUUGGGCGCAGACUGGACAGGAGAGUACGUAAUCCCUGACGUUGGAUGCCAGUGAGGACCACCAGAAUUUACGUGCUAGAAGUUCGGUGGUUCUUGUAAUGCCCGGAUGUCCUGACCCCAAGGACGUGUGACACCAUUGCAUCAGUUGGGGUCUAACAGCUGCUGGUACGUAACUCUUCCCUGCUGGGGUCUCAGAAGGAGCCGGGUCUAAGGUUAGGGCUUCUUGUAUGGCACAGUGAACCUCCCACUGUACCGGUCCCAUAAUGCAAGAGGAAGGAAGAAUGGGUGUAGGGUCUGAGUUACUGGUCGGAAGGUCAAACUGGUGGGAGAGAGCAUCAGCUUUUACGUUUUUCUUUCCAGGGAUGUAUGUAACAUGAAAAUGGAAGCAUGUGAAGAAGAGAGCCCAGCGGGCUUGUCUGGAGUUUAACAUCUUGGCCCCUCUGAUAUAUUCCAGAUUAUGAUGAUCUGUUAGGACGAGAAAAGGGAUGUUGUGCGCCCUCCAACCAGUGGCGCCACUCCUCGAGGGCCAACUUGAUGGUGAGGAGUUCUCUGUUCACCACACCGUAAUUCCUCUCAGCGGGGGAUAACUUCCUGGAGAAGAAGGUACAAGGAUGUGAUUUUGGAGGUGUUCCCACCCACUGAGAGAGUAUGGCUCCUACUCCUACUUCGGAGGCAUCCACCUCCAGGGUGGAAGGAACGGUCGGAUCAGGUUGGCGAAGGACAGGAGCUGAGGUAAAGAGGCGUUUCAAGGUGUUGAAAGCAGUCAGGGCGGUAUCAGUCCAUUGAAGGGUCCGGGUAUUUUGGCUGGUAAGGGCAGUGAGGGGAGCGGCAGUAGAACUGAAGUUCCGAAUGAACCGGCGAUAGAAGUUGGAGAACCCAAUGAAACAUUGGAGUUCAUUAACGGUGGUGGGUUUGGGCCAGUUACUGACAGCGGUGACUUUGUUCUCAUCCAUGCUGACCCCUCCAGGUGUCAGUACGAAACCGAGGAAGUUUACUGAGGUUACAUGGAAGGUGCUCUUUUCAGUCUUCACAUAAAGGUUAUGGUCAAGGAGCCAUUGAAGAACCCUUUGUACAUGCUGUAUGUGUUCCUUCAGGGAGUGGGAGUAAAUCAGGAUGUCAUCAAUGUAGACGAUGAGAAAGCGGUUGAUCAUAUCCUGGAAAACCUCGUUCCUAAAGGAUUGGAAGACGGCGGGGGCGUUAGUAAGGCCGUAGGGCAUGACCGGGUAUUCGUGGUGCCCUCGUGCGGUGAUAAAGGCCGUCUUCCAUUCGUCGCCUUCACGUAUAUGGACAAGGUUAUAAGCACUCCGCAGGUAGAGUUUUGUAUAGAUGUUGGCGUGGCCCACUUGUUCAAGGGUCGCUGGGAUCAGAGGAAGAGGGAAACGGUUCUUGACCGUAACAUCAUUCAGGGAACGGUAAUCAAUACAUGGACGAAGACCACCGUCCUUUUUUUCCAACGAAGAAGAAGCUGGACGUAGCUGGGGAAGAAGAAGGACGAAUUAAACCGUUUUCGAGUACUUCAUCAAUGGAGUUCUCCAUUGCCUCAUUUUCCAGGAUAGAUGGGGGGUAAACACGGCCCUUCGGUAGGGACACUCCAGGGAGUAAGUCAAUAGCACAGUCCCCUGGGCGAUGUGGUGGCAGAGUGGAGGCCUUGAUUUUGCUGAAGACAUGGCUGUACAGGGCGUAUUCAGAUGGUAUGGUGGGUGGCACUGCAGAGGCAGAGUCCUCAAUGGUGGUGGCUCUGCAAGGUAGGCUGAAACAACUGGUGAAGCAAGUAGAAGACCAGGACAGUAGUUCACCUUGUCGCCACGAGAUGGCAGGGUCGUGACGACAAAGCCAGGGGUGUCCGAGGAUGAGUGGCUGUUUGGGGGAUGAGAGUUCCAUGAGUUGAAUGGUUUCAGUGUUGAAGACUCCAAUCUGGAGGUUAACGCUCUGUGUCAGGUGUGUAUGAAGCCCGUGCCCAAUGGUUGCCCGUCCAGGGUGUUAAUCCUUAAGGGAGGGUGACAGGUGUAAGAUCAAUGUCAAGCUCUUGUACUAGCUGGUGAUCGAUGAAACUACCUGCUGCUCCCGAAUCUAUCAAGCCCGCUAUGUACUUCGUUAACCCCCUUCACGGUUAUCAAUACUGGGAUGGAGAAUUGCUUCUGGGAGAUAUUUAGACAUUCGGACCCGCCUACCUGCAUGGCAGCGGAGGGACCCUUCUCAUCCCUCCGUGGGGGGCGAACAGGCAAUGGCUGAGUAGAUGAUCUUCCCCUCCACAGUAUAGGCAGAGCCCUUCUUGGAUCCGACUUUGAUGUUCGAUACACGGGAGAGGAGCAUGACCCAACUGCAUGGGCUCUGGAAGACUCGGACAGGAUGACAGAAUCAUGGAAAGAGAAGGUUUUGGGUUCCUGGGCGGCAGAGUUCUUCGGCAGUCGGCGAUGAGUUGGUCGAUGGAGAUGGACAUACGAAUGUAUUGAUUUAAAUCCUGAAGGUCACCUCUACAGGCCAGCUCCGCCUGAAGUUCCCUGUUGAGCCCUCUUCGGUAGACAGUAAGUAAAGCAGCCUCACUCCAUCCACUCCCUGCAGCCAUGGUGCGGAACUCGAGGGCAUACUUGGCAGCUGAAUUGCGUCCUUGUUGAAGGUCUAUUAGGAGGUCCCCGAUAGGACGAACGGAAGGAGAGUGAUCGAAUACCUCUUUGAAGAGGGUGUGGAAAUGGGUCUCGGAUCUGAGUUCUGUGCUUUUGGCAGUCCAUAUGGCAGUGGCCCAAUCCAGGGCUUUGCCUGUGAGUAGAGACACAACAAAAUCCACCCUGCUCUUGUCGGUGGCAAAGUUAGUGGGGUUGUGCUCUACGUAUUUGCUGCAUUGCAUCAGAAAUCCCUGAAAUUUCCCAGGUGAACCGUCAUAUUUUCCAGGCAUGGAUAUGAAUGAAGGAGGGCUAUGGGUUACGAUACCUGGCAUCGGAGGAGUAGGGAUAGGCUGGCGGAGAAGAUGGCCGAUUACCUCCAUACGCUCCUCUUGCCGGGUUAGGCGCCACUGUAGCUCCGCUGAAUCCAUUCCGUUUUUGGUGAGGUAUUCUGUAAUUAAUACUCAGAGAGAAAAAGGUAUAGAUUCACGGGCAGAGCGCGGCAGGUGUUUAUUACACCUUCGCAGAAGGCAGGAAUCGUGGUCACAGGCAGGCAAUGGUCAUACACAGGUAGGCAAACAGGCAGGAGAAACAAAACUAGGACUGAAAGUUAAAACUGGUUCUCACAAACGAGCUAUGAAAAGCCUUAGUAGAAUCAAAAUGAACAAUACCUCACAAGGCACAAACAGAAAGAACUGAACUAAUUAAGGAGCUGAUGAGACCAGGAGAGUAACUAACACAGGUGAAAUCAAUAAACAAAAAUGAAAGACAGGGCUAUGUUCAAGAACACAAAGAAACAGGGCUACGUUACAUUUACAUUUACAUUUUAGUCAUUUAGCAGACGCUCUUAUCCAGAGCGACUUACAGGAGCAAUUAGGGUUAAGUGCCUUGCUCAAGGGCACAUUAACGUCAUUUAGCAGACGCUCUUAGCCAGAGCGACUCGCAAAUUGGUGCGUUCACCCUAUAGCCAGUGGGAUAACCACUUUACAAUUUGGGGGGGGGGGGGUUAGAAGGAACACUUUAUCCUAUCCCAGGUAUUCCUUAAAGAGGUGGGGUUUCAAAUGUCUCCGGAAGGUGGUGAGUGACUCCGCUGUCCUGGCGUCGUGAGGGAGCUUGUUCCACCAUUGGGGUGCCAGAGCAGCGAACAGUUUUGACUGGGCUGAGCGGGAGCUAUGCUUCCGCAGAGGAAGGGGAGCCAGCAGGCCAGAGGUGGAUGAACGCAAUGCCCUCGUUUGGGUGUAGGGACUGAUCAGAGCCUGAAGGUACAGAGGUGCCGUUCCCCUCACUGCUCCAUAGGCAAGCACCAUGGUCUUGUAGCGGAUGCGAGCUUCAACUGGAAGCCAGUGGAGUGUGCGGAGGAGGGGGGUGACGUGAGAGAACUUGGGAAGGUUGAACACCAGACGGGCUGCGGCAUUCUGGAUGAGUUGUAGGGGUUUAAUGGCACAGGCAGGGAGGCCAGCCAACAGCGAGUUGCAGUAGUCCAGACGGGAGAUGACAAGUGCAAGAACACAAGGUGAACUAAGAAAAUAAAUACAGAACCUUACAGUCCCUCUAAUGUAGUAGUCUUGUAUGUAGUCAGUCUCUCUGAUGUAGUAGUCUUGUAUGUAGUCAGUCUCUCUGAUGUAGUAGUCUUGUAUGUAGUCAGUCUCUCUGAUGUAGUAGUCUUGUAUGUAGUCAGUCUCUCUGAUGUAGUAGUCUUGUAUGUAGUCAGUCUCUCUGAUGUAGUAGUCUUGUAUGUAGUCAGUCUCUCUGAUGUAGUAGUCUUGUAUGUAGUCAGUCUCUUGAUGUAGUAGUCUUGUAUGUAGUCAGUCUCUGAUGUAGUAGUCUUGUAUGUAGUCAGUCUCUGAUGUAGUAGUCUAGUAUGUAUUCAGUCAACUUGGUUGUGACAGUUUGGCCCCUGUCUGAUGUGCUGUGGGGGACUAGGGGCAGGAGUCUGCUCUGGCUGUCCGUCAGGGUGGCCAAAGGCCAGGGCCUAAUGCACAUCUUCUUCCUCUCCAUCUCCCUUCUCCUCCUCUCUAAAUUGGUUGCUCUCUCACUCUUUUUCUGGAGUUUCCAGGGAGCAAACGAGGGUCCUGAUUAGACCGGGGCUGUCUGGAAUACUGCCCAGGCAUCGUCUGAACAAACAGGAAGGAUUGUGGGGGGGCGGGAGAGAGAUGGGGACAGAGAGAGAGAGAGCCAUGGUCGUGCCCAGUGGUCCUGUGCCAGUAGGAAAUAUCAAACCACAACCCUAAAACAAAGAAAAAUAUCCUGUGCUUUGUCUCCUCUAGUAGGCUUUCUGUUUCAUGGCAGUCUGUUAAAAUGUUCAAUAGUCUAGUUUUCAACUUACCUUUAAUGACCUCAACUGAUGUUAAGAUAACAUGUUACAGUAUUUGAGUGUCCACGGUACGAUGAUGUAAUCCCAAUCUGGUUUGUACAGCUCCACUCUCACAUUGCUGUGUCUUCUAGUAGAAAACAAGGAUCAUGAUGAUUGAUGUGUAGUAGCGUGUUCACUGGCAGCUCAGGGAAGACAGGGGCACAGUCCAAACAGACUGCCGGACAGUAACUUUUAAUCCCCUUUGCUAAAUCGCCCAUGAAACAACACCACUCAGCAGCCACGACCACGGUUGCAUCUCAAAUGGCACCCUAUUCCCUACAUAGUGCACUACUUUUCACCAGGGCCCAUAGUGCUCUGAACAAAAGUAGUGUACUAGGUAGGGAAUAGGGUGCCUGUUGGGACAAAGCCCAUGUCUCGCCAUAUGUCUUAGUUACAACACUAAUGCCCAUUUAGCUAUGCAACCCUGAUUCAUUUAAUUUCUUGAAGCGGAAAUUUAAUCUGUUCACCCCCCAAAUAAAUUAGAUUUGGUGUAUGAACUUUUGGAAAGCUUUUAGCAUGGACUCAUCCUCUGGCUGCUGCUGGGGACCCAAUAAACUAAAGCAGUGAUGAACAGAUGGAGCUGAGGUCCAUGGGGCAUGUGUGGCUCGUCAAACCAGACCCAAGAAUCCUCCUCUUAGUUGUAUUAAUGUUACAGCACUGCCAUAAUGUGUCCCAAAUGGCACCCUAUUCCCUAUAUAGUGCACUACUUUUAACCAGGCCCCAUAUGGCUCUGGUCAAAAGAAGUGCACUAUAUAGGGAAUAGGGUGCCAUUUGGGACCGAUAUCAUGUUUAAUCAGUUCAAAACACCUCGAUUUUUGUAGCUUUGAGUGAAUUAGUGUUAUUGGUGCCUAAAGUAAUUAAAUGUUUGUUUAUAAGAGGGCUAAAGCAGAUUAAAACCCCUCAAUGCCACCUGCUGUUACUGUUUCUACCUGUCUUUGUUGAUGUGAUCUUCUCUGAUCAUCUCUUACUGUUCUCUGUUGUUUCUCUCUGUAAUGUAUUGUUCUGAGGCACAACAGUUGCUCUGGUAACCUAAUAUGUAGCCUGAGUGCCAGUCUGUUUGUGCUGUAACGCCAACUCCUUAUCACUCAUCACCAUGGCUUGACAUUGACAGCAAUAGAAGUGGGAAGACCACACCCCGAUCUGGGUCCAGGCUAGAAAAAGAUGCAUCCUUUCAUAUCUUUAGUAGUUCACCGAAUCAAGUAUCUUUGUCUGAUCUACUUCCUGUAUCAUCACUUCCUGUGAUGAAAUGACAACUUCCUCUCGCUGUGUUCCGUUUCAGGGUGAGGGUGUUUGACCUGCGCACCGGCUCCUCUGUGACAUCACUGUACGCCCACCACAUGGGCGUGACCUCCGUGCAGGCAGACGAUUGGAAGAUUGUGAGCGGCAGAGGCGAGGGAUUGGUCUGCGUCUGGGAGAUGAGGAUGGGAGCCAAACUGUGGUAUUUGCAACAGGUGGGACAAGAGAGUUCUUUCUCUUGGUUGUUUAGUGUGGAUCUGUUGAUCUGUUGAUACAUCUAUUUAUUAGUGCCACAAAAGGCAGGUAGAGUACUGACAUAUGCUAUUCUGGACUUAUUCAUAUACUCAUUUACAGUUGAAAUCGGAAGUUUACAUAUACCGUAGCCAAAUACAUUUAAACUCAGUUUUUCACAAUUCCUGACAUUUAAUCCUAGUAAAAAUUCGCUGUCUUAGGUCAGUUAGGAUCACCACUUUAUUUUAUGAAUGUGAAAUGUCAAAAUAAUAGUAGAGAGAAUGAUUUAUUUCAGGUUUUAUUUCUUUCAUCACAUUCCCAGUGGGUCAGAAGUUUACAUACACUCAAUUAGUAUUUUGUAGCAUUGCCUUUAAAUUGUUUAACUUGAGUCAAACGUUUUGGGUAGCCUUCCACAAGGUGAAUUUUGGCCCAUUCCUCCUGACAGAGCUGGUGUAACUGAGUCAGGUUUGUAGGCCUCCUUGCUCGCACACGCUUUUUCAGUUCUGCCCACAAAUAUUCUAUAGGAUUGAGGUCAGGGCUUUGUGAUGGCCACUCCAAUACCUUGACUUUGUUGUCCUUAAGCCAUUUUGCCACAACUUUGGAAGUAUGCUUGGGGUCAUUGUCCAUUUGGAAGACCCAUUUGCGACCAAGCUUUAACUUCCUGACUGAUGUCUUGAGAUGUUGCUUCAAUAUAUCCACAUAAUUUUCCUUCCUCAUGAUGCCAUCUAUUUUGUGAAGUGCACCAGUUCCUCCUGCAGCAAAGCACCCCCACAGCAUGAUGCUGCCACCCCCAUGCUUCAUAUUUGGGAUGGUGUUCUUCGGCUUGCAACACCCCCUUUUUCCUCCAAACAUAACAAUGGUCAUUAUGGCCAAACAGUUUUAUUUUUGUUUCUUCAGACCAGAGGACAUUUCUCCAAAAAGUACGAUCUUUGUCCCCAUGUGCAGUUGCAAACCGUAGUCUGGCUUUUUUAUGGCGGUUUUGGAGCAGUGGCUUCUUCCUUGCUGAGCGGCCUUUCAGGUUAUGUCGAUAUAGGACUUGUUUUACUGUGGAUAUAGAUAAUUUUGUACCUGUUUCCUCCAGCAUCUUCACAAGGUCCUUUGCUGCUGUUCUGGGAUUGAUUUGCACGUUUCGCACCAAAGUACGUUAAUCUCCAGGAGACAGAACGCGUCUCCUUCCUGAGCGGUAUGACGGCUGCAUGGUCCCAUGGUGUUUAUACUUGCAUACUAUUGUUUGCACAGAUGAACGUGGUACCUUCAGGCAUUUGGAAAUUGCUCUCAAGAAUGAACCAGACUUGUGGAGGUCUACAAUUUUCUUUUUGAGGUCUUGGCUGAUUUCUUUUGAUUUUCCCAUGAUGUCAAGCAAAGAGGCACUGAGUUUGAAGGUAGGCCUUGAAAUACAUCCACAGGUUAGUGUUAGGGUUAUCCUCCGAUUGACUCAAAUGAUGUAAAUUAGCCUAUCAGAAGCUUCUAAAGCCAUGACAUCAUUUUCUGGAAUUUUCUAAGCUGUUUAAAGGCACAGUAAACUUCUGACCCACUGUUAAAUAAGUUAAAUAAUCUGUUUGUAAACAAUUGUUGGAAAAAUUACUUGUGUCAUGCACAAAGUAGAUGUCCUAACCGACUUGCCAAAACUAUAGUUUGUUAACAAGAAAUUUGUAGAGUGGUUGAAAAACAAGUUUUAAUGACUCCAACCUAAGUGUAUGUAAACUUCCGACUUCAACUGUAUGUGUCCUGUGGUUCCUGUCACUUGUAUGCAUUGCUAAAAUAUUCAGCAUUAUUCAACAUUGACUUAUCAGGCUGACAUUGGCAGCAAACCAACAGGUGCAUCAGUAUUGAUUGAUCAAUUCUCAGCUCCUUAUUGAAUGGGUUUGGGUUUGUGUGUGUUGUUUGUGUUUGAUGGUUAAUCAUAAAAAAUGGCGUUCGUUGUUUCUCCUUCCUGUCUGUUUGCAGGCACCCAGUCAGACAUGUCCGGUUCAACACUAGCUCCCUGGUGACCGCCAACAUCCCAGACGAGAAGUCUUCACGAUGGGGCCUGCAUCACAGACCACGACCUCACAGCCCACCACAG